AUGGCGCAAAUACCGGAUCCCAAAUCUCGGAUAUGCGUCUUCGUUGGAUACGACAAUAAUACAAAAGGGUAUCGACUUUACGAUCCGCAAUCGCGCAAGGUGUUCACCAGCCGCGAAGUCGUUGUGAUCGCUGCUGCUUUGGCUGCUACAACUGCCGCUUACCGUACUGGAAAAGGAUACAAUAUAGUGACUAAACACGCUACGCAGUACUAUGGAACUGGUCUUGGAUCGAGUGAAAACUAUGAAAAUUCCGGAUAUGGUGCAUCGGGCUAUGCUGGACAAGGAGAUGAUGGCUACUCUGUACAAGGAAAUCUCCGUUAUAUGAAUAAGGGCUUGAAAUACGACAACUACGAUCAUGACAGUCACAAGGAUUAUUACGCUUACCCUAAGUACAAUUACAAUUACGGUGUUCAGGAUUCUCAUACAGGAGAUCACAAGAGCCAGUGGGAAAUCCGCGAUGGAGAUGUUGUUAAGGGAGGAUACACUCUGUACGAACCCGAUGGUACCAAGCGUGUCGUGGAGUACACCUCGGACAAACACAGCGGAUUCAAUGCCGUCGUGAAGAAGAUUGGCCAUGCCCACCACCCACAAAUCUAUGGCACGGAGAACGGAAUCGCUGGCAGCGGUUACAAUGGACACCACGAUGACAGCUACAGUUAUAACAACGUUCACUGAAGCACGCUGGGAUCAUCGAUAUAAGUGUAGAACAGAAUUUAUUUAUUAUACUGAAUUUAACCUGA